UUCAAGUUGCUGCUUAGCUAGUGGAGUGGAGUGAAGAUGGACGCCGCAAAGCCUCAGGACCAGGAGCAGGAGCGCAAGGCCAGUAUGGAGACGAAGGCGGUGAAGGUCUUCUCCUCCGAGGAAGAGGCCGACUCGACUGAGGAGGACGCCGGCGAGCCCGUCCAGAACCACCGUGGAUGGAAGGCCAUGCCAUACGUCAUAGGGAACGAGACGUUCGAGAAGCUUGGGACGAUCGGGACGAUCUCCAACAUGUUGGUGUACCUAACGACGGUGUACCACAUGCAGAGCGUGAGCGCCGCCACUCUCCUCAACGUGUUCUCUGGCACAAGCAACCUGGCCACCGUCGCCGGCGCCUUCGUCAGCGAUACCUACCUCGGCCGCUACACCACCCUCGCCGCCGCCACCAUCUCCUCCUUCAUUGGCAUGGUCAUCCUCACCCUCACCGCCGCCCUCCACUCCCUCCACCCUCCCAGCUGCAACCCAAAAGGAGGCGAGCAAUGCCAGGGGCCGUCGGGCGGCCAGCUGGCAGCGCUCCUUGCCUCCUUCUUCUUCCUCAUCGUUGGCGCCGGCGGUAUCCGGCCAUGUAACUUGGCCUUCGGCGCCGAUCAGUUUGACCCGCGCACAGCCGAUGGCCGUCGCGGCAUCGCCAGCUUCUUCAACUGGUACUACUUUACCUUCACCGUGGCCAUGAUGCUCUCCGCCACCGUCAUCAUCUACCUCCAGAGCAACGUCAACUGGGCUCUCGGCCUCGCCGUGCCCGCCGCGCUCAUGGGCGCCUCAUGCGCCGUCUUCUUCAUGGGCACGCGCCUCUAUGUCCGCGUUCGCCCCGAGGGCAGCCCCUUCACCAGCUUCGCCCAGGUCCUCGUCGCCGCUGCCCGCAAGCGGCGCCUCCCGUUACACGAUAGGACCACGCAGUUGUUCGACCCUCCUCACCGGAGCAAGCUCGUCUCCAAGCUAGCCUACACGGACCAGUUCACAUGCCUCGACAAAGCGGCUGUGCUGGCCCCCAAGGACGCGCUCUGCGCCGACGGGAAGACAUCGGUGGACCCGUGGCGGUUGUGCACGGUGCAACAGGUGGAGGAGGUGAAGUGCCUGGCGCGUAUCAUCCCUGUAUGGUCGUCGGGGAUUAUCUACUUCUUGGUGCUCACCCAGCUGGGCACCUACACCGUGCUCCAGGCAGCGCAGACCGACCGCCGCCUCGGCAACUCCGGCUUCCAGAUCCCGCAGGGCUCCUUCAUUGUGUUCAACAUGCUCACCCUCACGCUCUGGAUCCCGCUGUACGACCGGGUGCUGGUGCCGGCGCUACGGCGUGUUACCGGGCGCGAGGGCGGGAUCAGCUUGCUCCACCGCAUCGGUGUCGGGCUCGUGCUCUCCAUCGUCACGAUGGCGGUGGCGGCGGCGGUGGAGCACGAACGGCGACGGAGAUCGGCACCGAUGUCGUGCUUCUGGCUGGUGCCACAGCAGGUGGUGGCAGGCUUUGCUGAGGCAUUCGCUAGCAUCGGGCAGACCGAGUUCUACUACCGUCAGUUCCCGGAGAACAUGCGGAGUGUCGCCGGGGCGCUCUACUUCCUGGGGUUCGCGGUCGCCAGCUACGCGAGCGGGUUAAUGGUGACGGUGGUGCACCGGACCACGAGCUGGCUGGCGCAGGACCUGGACGAGGGGAGGGUGGACCUGUUCUACCUCGUGACUGGUGCCAUGGCAGCGGUAAACCUGGUGUACUUCGUGGCGUGCGCGAGGUGGUACAGGUUCAAGAAGUCAGAUGACGACGCCGUGGGCGCCGGAGACAUUGAUCUCCACGAGAAGUCUUCUGCGAAUUUGGCGCCGGUUUAGUUUUGUUUUGGCGCUGCCUGAUUCAGCUGCGGACUUAUUAGCAAAUAAUUUACAAGCUCUUAGAGUGGCCUGACAAAAUGAUU